AGACGAUCAGAAAGUAAACUCGUUUACACCGAGUAAUUCCGACACCAAUCCUGCACAAAUGUGCCUUUGAUACAAAGGUAGAAACCAACUUCAUAUGCCCUUUCCUAGACAGGUCACUUGGAGCGUCCGUUGAUCAGCUGGACAUCGUUUGUGUCGUCCCUCACUUUUACUCGAGACCUUGCCGAAGCAGACGGCACGCCCAAAGUCUGCCAUAAGGUCAUGGAUAUAGCGGAAGUCGGAAUUUCCACGGGCUUUAGACAAGAAUGAACCCAACUUCAUCAUGGGAGCAGGCUGAUAUCAGCCAUAUCAGCUUCGGAAAUGCCAGUUUGUUGAUUGCGAGUAUCCCUGAUACUCUUCUACGGGCCGAAAUAGCACGGCGAACCUCAAAUGACAGUGCUGCAACCUGUGGCUCAAAAGAACGAGGUGCUUAUAACACUCCAAUCCAUGUCCUAGCACUUUUUCUUAUACUUGUGUUAAGCACACUUGCUUGUUCAUUCCCUGUACUUGCCCGCCGAUUCCCCCGUUUACCAAUACCGCGUCGGUUUCUUUUUAUAUCUAGGCAUUUUGGAACAGGAGUUUUGAUUGCCACUGCCUUUGUCCAUUUGCUGCCCACGGCAUUCAUUUCCUUGACUGACCCCUGUCUUCCUCACUUUUGGAGUGAAACAUACCGUGCCAUGGCUGGAUUUGUCGCCAUGAUUUCGGUCUUUGUUGUUGUGCUUGUGGAAAUGUUCUUCGCCCUGAAGGGGGCAGGUCAUGUUCACGGGAGUGAAUACGACAAGCUAAUGAAUGAUGUCGGUAUAGACUUGGCAAGUAGGGGUCUGCAUGAUGACUUAGAGAACGAACACGAGCCCGGAGGUCAUGUUUAUCUUGGUAGGCUUGAGGCGUAUCAUAGCACAGACGCGGUACCACCAUCGUCAAUUUCUAAUAUCGGAAGCUCAACCAACGAGCCUACUCUGUCUAGCACUCUGCGGCUUACUGAGUUGAGUGAUGGUAUAGACUUUGCCCGGCCACACCAUCACGCUACUUCUCCUUUGGGUAGGAAGAGUGAUCAAAUGCAUCGGCGCUCAUCUUCUAGCGACCGACAAACUCGCGCUGAUCUGCACCAAAGGACGAACAUGGAAUCAUCUAGACAUAAUCCGCAGCGACAGCUACUGCAAUGUCUACUGCUGGAGGCGGGGAUUCUUUUUCAUAGCAUUUUUAUUGGGAUGGCCCUCAGUGUUGCCACAGGUACUUCAUUCAUUGUCCUCCUCGUCGCGAUCUGCUUUCAUCAGACGUUCGAGGGGUUUGCUCUGGGCUCAAGAAUUGCGUCGCUCAUUCCAGACCUCUUUGCCCCGUCUUCCAUGAAACCAUGGCUGAUGUCUCUCGCCUACGGAACUACCACCCCUAUCGGACAAGCCAUCGGCCUCAUACUGCAUAAUUUCUAUGACCCAGCAAGCACUACGGGGCUACUUAUGGUUGGGAUCACGAAUGCCAUCAGCAGUGGUCUUCUAUUGUUCGCAGGUCUUGUUGAACUUCUGGCAGAAGAUUUUUUAAGUGAAACCAGUUACGCAACACUUAGAGGAAGGAGACGCAUCGAGGCCUGUGUUGCAGUGCUGGCUGGAGCUUUAUUGAUGGCGGUCGUUGGCGCCUUCGCUUAAGUAGUUAGGUUUCAUCCUCAAGGACUCCUGUCACCUUACUCUCGAGUACGUAGUCACUUUUCCCACUGAAUAUUGAGACACAGGUUAGAG